CUUCUCCGCCACACAUCACCGCCCAGCCACCAUCCCUCCUCACCAAGAUGGUAAACGACGCCCCCUCCAUCCAAGCUUUCUACAAACCCAAAGUCCGCCUCCCCAACCCCGCCAAUCCUCCGCCCUCGCCGGCUAAAGCCGGCGACGGCUUCACCGAAGAAGAGCUCUCCGACGCCAUGGACCCCCUCCAUCGAAAAUGGAACCCAGAGCGCGAGUACAAGGAAUGCAGUAUCUCGCACCUCGUGCCAGGUCCGAGAGCAGUGACGUUUGUGGGCAGGGUUGUGAAUGUGAAGACGAUAUUGGGGAAGGAUAAGAAGCAGCCGAAGGCGAGGGGCUUUCAUGCAGUGAUUUUGAGGGAUGAUGAGGGUGCUGCAUCUGUGAGUUGUGUCUGUUUCUGAGGUGUUACUUUGGAUUUGCUUGUAGGCUCGUAGGAGAGAGGCUGAGAUGAGAAGGGCCUAGGCUGAUAGCAUGCAGAUCAAGCUCUACUUCGCACAAAACCCCUACCCCCUCAUCCUCGGCCAGCUCCUCACCAUCUGGACCGUCUUCAUCUCCGACACCUCCAAAUCCGACGUCCCGCACAGCCCUUCCGUUCUCGUGCACGCCAACCUCUUCCCGGGCAGAGUGACGAGCGAUCACGUGGUGAUACACACCAAUGCCUCCUCUUCUGACGGCAUCUGCAGAACGCCGCUGGAAUACAAGAAAGGCCACCCGCUUCCGGGACUCAUGACGCUGGAUAGUUAUCUGAGUAGUGGGCAUGAUGGCGUGAGCGGUGCGAAGAUAUUGGUUUGUGUGAAGAGUAUCGGCGGCAAGAAGAAAAUCUCUCGUAAAGAUGGAGGAGGUGAGAGUGAGCUUGCUGAGAUCCUGCUUUUUGACCAUACAGGUCAAGUGAGACUCACGGUAUGGAACGAGAUGAUUGAGUCCGCCAAGAGCUGGAAGCCGGGCGAGACGGUUCUGUUGGUUUCAAAUCCGGGGUACAGGGUAGGGCUGAAUGGGAAGGGGAAUCUUGGGAUCAUUGGAAGCACGAUGGUGGAUGUUGAGCCGGAGGGGAGCGAUGCGGAGUGGCUGAGGAAAUAUGCGGUGGGGUUGACGAGGAAGGAGAGUUUGUGUCUUAAGGUGGAAGAGGGCAGGUGGGAUAUUGAUGCUGCUGAGUAUGGGGUUAACCGGAUGUUGUUUACUCUUGCGGAGCUGGAUAAUUGGGUCCGUUCGGAUGGCAACCAGACCUUCUCGGGCUUCAUCAGCGUCACGAUCCUGGAGAUGAACCUCGUGUCCAUCCACCGCCGGAACAUGCUCAUGUGUGCUGAAUGGUACUUCUCCUCCCCUUUCUUCCCCUCCUCCUUUUCCCAAUCGUUGACUGUCGUCUCUCAGCUGCGGAGUACCCAUCUUCUCCAACAGCCCCUGCACACCCUGCCGCAACUGCUCCACCCCGCUCACACUCUCCCUCAACCCGCGCAUCAUCGGUCGCCUCGCUGACGAAACAGGGUGUAUCGCCACUGGUAAACUGGUCUGGAGUCCGCGUGCUUGGGAGAAAUUCUUUGGGAGGAGCGUGGAGGAAAUAAGUGCGAUGACCGGCGAGCAGAUUAGGUUGUUUGAGCAGAGGGUGAUUUUUAUGAGGAUGCAUCUUGUGGUUGGUUGGGACGGAGAGGGGGGGUUGGGGAGGUUGUGUGUGCUGGGGGUUAUGAUGUGAGAGGGGUGGAGGAAUGGUGGUGGCGAUAUGACGUUGCUUGUUGUAAAGGGAGUGUUGGGGUGGGGUUGUUGCUUUGGCUGGAGCUUCUGCUAUAUGCGUUAGCUUUGCUAUUUCUAUCCUGCAUCAUUGUCUGCUUGACAAGUGUCCUUAUGACCAAGAAAUCUACUACUUAGCUUGCACAAAUUAGCCACCUAGACACUGACUUGCUUGCAAUCGAAGUUACAUUGUAUGACGAG